AUGGCGCUCUCCUCGCAAUGGAGCCAGGCUGUCGUGGUGCGGGCCACCACCAAGGGCGAGGAGGUUGUGCCGCAGCAGCCAAACAACGGCACUGCGCGCGCUAUGGCAGCAGCCGGCAACCCCAUCAUUGUGCGGGCACGCACAGCCGCCAACUUCGGCGACGGGGUGACGCCGAGUGCGGGUAGUAACGGCGACCGCGGCAGUAGCGGGCACGGCUUCUUCUCCACCCUCAUCUCCGGCUACGACGUCAGUCAAACUUUUUGGGUACCGAACCCAGGCAAGGGGGAAAUGGGUCUGUUGGAGUACCUCGAUCGGCGUGGCUCGGCAAACAAGUCGCACGUGCUGCUGCAGAGCCGCCCACUCCCGGAGCUGCAGUUCAACUUUUCCACAUGCACUGGGUGCAACAUCGACCUCAGCCACAACAUGUUCCGUCUCUCCAAGGCCGCCAUGGCCCUCCAGAACAUGGACGCGGCGCUCGGCGACGACGGUGACUACUAUGACGACAGUGGAAUGGACGUGAGCGUCGGCGGUAGCAGUGCUGGGGGAUCCACUAGACCGAAUAACUUCUACCCCAACCUGGCAUCGUCCUCGCCGUUGUCUCGGCGUCCGGGGUCGGCACCACAGCAGCUCAGCAUUGCCACCCGUGUCUUCAAAGCCACCAUGCGAGCGAGUCUGCAGUCCCUUCAGGAGGAGGACUACUACCUCGUCAAGUAUCGCGACUACAGUGCCUGGGCCGUGUUCAAGUACCGCAGCAUCUGCAAGACCGACUCGAUCUUCGGCCGAAAGUACGUCGAGCAGUGCUUCGCCGUGCACGUAGGGCGAGAGCCAGGCGAGCUCGUGCUCAUCACAGAGGCGCAGUUCCUUUACGGCGUCGACCUACUGCAGCGUCAGCUGCUGAACCAGCUGACGAACGCCGUGCCGCGUCCACCGGCCGGCUGGGGCGGUGUGGACGCGAACCAGAGUAGCUAUCAGCAGUACCAGAUCGAUAUUAACUACAGCGCGUUGAAUGCUGACCAGUUCCGCUCUCUCGGCGCGCUGCUUGGCGACGGCAUGCGGCAGGUGGAGGUGGAAGGAGAGGAGAAAAAGCGCGAGGAGAAAGCGAAAGCGCAUGCACGGGCGAGGGUCGGUGACGACUGCUACGACUACACGCCGCCCGCUUGGUACGACUGGACCCCGGGUGCGAUCCGUGCACGGGUGCAGCACCGCCUUCAGAGGUAUUACCGCAGUGUUGGCCAGCUCACUGUGCAGCUCGCCGUGGUCGGCGUGUGCAGCUUCCUCGUCUACCGCGCCGUGAAGAGGCACAUUCCUGGCUUCUCCUCCCUGAGGGAUGGCGAGUAUGAGGGCCGCAGCAGCGGUGGCGGGCGUGAGGGGCGCGGCAGGGACAGCCGUGGAGGGCGAGGAGGUGGUAGCUACGGCGGCGGUCCUGGCGGUGAUGACUACUACUACUACCGACCAGGACUCUUCCGCAGCAUCUUGAUGGGCCCCAAGGAGGUGCUCGACUACAUGUUAGCCCCCGCCCCGGAGCGCUAG